AUGGAGAUCCCCCCGGCGGCUGCCCUGGCAGCUAGCUCCAUCUUGUCGGUGGCCGUGCAUUGGGAUGGGUCUGUGCUCUUGCUGAUGAUCCUCAUGGGCCAUCUCGCUGAGGAGUGCUCGGCGGACUUGCACCAUUGGACAGGCUUCGACGCGGUGUGCGAUUGGACAGUGGCAGAGCUGAGUCACCAUGCCAAAGCGUUUCCUCAGCGAUUGCACAGCUCCAAGGCAGGCGAAGUGGCCGCCGAGUUUCCACGGGUUUGGGAAGCUGCGGAGAGAGCCAUCCAGGUCAUGCAGUCGGUCUUUUGGAAUGAAGUGUCACGGCUGUGCCUACACCUCCCCAGCCCGACCGUGGCAGCAUCGGAGAGAUGCGGGGCGCUUUGGUCCUGCUGGAGGCUACAUGAGCGUCUGGCUCGGCUUACUGCAAUCCUGACCACCUGGUCUUGGGUAGUUCAGGUGCAGUUAGAGAUGGCCUUGAUGUGGAGCCUGGCGCCUCCUCCCGGGCCUCCUCCGAGGCUGCCCGACCUGCUCCCGGACAUGGAUCCGAGCCAGUUGGAUGGCAGCGUGGACCUGCAAGGCGCGUCAUUCAGCUCGCUCCUUCGCCUGGCAUUCCCAGAUACCUCGAAGAUUUACAUGGUGGAGGUCGGCGUUCACAAGGCUGAGCUCGCCGUCCAUGUUUUGCGCAGGAAUCCACUAUUGCAAUAUUUGGGAAUAGAUCCAUAUAAGGGUCACUUUGAGGGCAAGGCGGUGAGGGACGGAAUCUUGAGCUAUGGAUCUGGAGAGAAUUUCCGCACAUCCCUGCGAAAGCUGCGAAGAUUUGGCCAAAGGGCGCACCUUUGCCGACGCACCUCCGCGCAAGCGAGCAGAAGUCCCUUGCACUCCUGUCGAUCACGAUGGGCCGCCACAAAGUUGGACGUCGUGUUCAUCGAUGGCGCGCAUGAUUACGCCUCGGUGGAUCAGGACCUUAAGCUUUGGGGCCCUCGCGUUCGGCCGGGUGGUAUUGUUGCUGGCCAUGACUACCGUUUGCCACAUGCAUUUGAUCUGGUCCAGGCCGUGCACAGGAACUUGCCUCCUGGCCAGCAGUUGCAAGUCGGUCCGGACGGCAUAUUCUGGUGGAUCGCUGGGCCCACGCCUUAA